GAUAAAAUAAUGUGGAUUAAAUUGAAUAUUUUAUAAAUAAAUAAAGUAUGUGUAAUAUUAAUAUUUUAUUGUAGCAACUUCUCUCAAACUCUCUAUUGCUACAACGGGGCCUUUAUGAAUUUCAUGUAUUGCAUAACCCGAUACUAUCAAAAUUUAUCUUGUAUAGCGGUGGGAACAAGAAAAUGUGCCCAUAUAAUUGACCAUAGUGAUUUCUACGCAAUGAGUGAAGUUAUUUCAGAAAAUAAAAUCUACGAAAACGCGGUUAGUAGCGGUAAACAUGAUAAGGUUAAGAAUAAUUCCUUAUACAAAGGCACGGAAUAUAAUAAUUCCAAUGUAACGAAAUCGUUAAAGGCUGCAUUUGACGAAAAAAGAAUAUUUUGCAGCUUUGAAGUUUCGCCCACAAAAAAUACUAACUUUUAUCAAAGUUUUUUUACAGAGAUGAACAAAUAUCAUCCCCUAUUUUAUUCAUUAACAUGGAAAAUGAAAGAUGAGAUAAAUAAUUAUCUAUCUUUAGAAGUGCUCGAUCAGUUCCCAAACAAUACGCUCCUGCAUCUCACUAUUUGUUUUUUGACGCGCGCAGAUAUAUUGUUUAUUUUAAAGAAAGCAUUGGAUAUUGGUGUGAUCAAUAUUUUUGUAUUACGAGGAGAUUCUAAGGUCCCGAAUAAGGAUUUUCCGUACGCUGUUGAUUUAGUGCGUUUUAUAAGAGACGAAUUUGGUAAUAGAUUUUGUAUAUGUGUUGCUGGAUAUCCAGAGGUCCAUCCAGAAUCGCCAUCCAAAGAAUUGGAUUUGUUACACUUAAAAGACAAAGUUGACGCAGGUGCUGAUUUUAUUAUAACUCAAAUCGUUUUCGAUGCCGACGUUUUCAUUACAUUCGUAAAUGACUGUAAAGCAAUUGGAAUCAAUGUUCCAAUUAUUCCUGGUAUCUUACCAAUUCCCAAUUAUGCAUGUCUAGAGAAGAUGAUGAAAAUUUGCAACGUCAAGGUACCAGAAAAUAUUUCGAAGAUUUUAGAACCCAUCAAGUUCGAUGACGAUAAAGUACGCGAUUAUGGGAUAAAACUAGUUACGAGCAUCAUCAAAGAUGUCAUUUCAAGCGGUACCACUUGUGGUUUCCAUUUGUUCACACUGAACAGACCGUCAUUAUCGUCAGAAAUAUGCGACAAAUUGAAAAUGUUUCAAUGAUCAUCGAAAAGAAAAAGAAAAUGUCACGAAUAUGAAACACAUGCAUCGCAUUGAAAAAGAAACUUGAAUCACCGUAGUUUCUGUAAACUUCUUCAAUAAAUGACAUUACAACGAGA